GUAGGUGCAGCACGCCUCGUGGCCAGUGUUCUCUCUCCCGUCUCGAUCUGUCAAUGAUAGUCAAGCGAUCGCCGCCGCUGCCCUUCUCGUUACGAGCUCCCAUCCGAGCUGAGUAUAUGCACAUGCCCCUGCUCCAUCUGGAGCGUCCAUUCCCUCGUUCAUCUCCGAGUUUCCACAAGAUCUGCACCACUCGAUCGCAGCCUCGAACUCGCCUCGCGCUAUAUCACAUUCAACGCUUGCGCCCUCGCUCCCCGACGCGCACGCUCACCUGUCCCCUCGCGUGUUCGCUCUUCACGAUCUCCGCCAUCACGCUCGAACGCUUCCACCAUGAAUUGGAACGACAUCUUCGACUUCGCGUCAAUCAUGUCGCGUUCUCCCAGCCCCGUCCCAUAUCUUCCACAUCAUAAUUCGCAAGAUAUUUGCUCCAACUUCUCCUGUUGCGGCCUCGCGUUGCCUGACCUGCACGCGCUACUCGACCACUUCGAGGAACACCACGUCCUCGUACUCGCGCGCGACGGCCGAUCCCUACCCCUCCGCCCCGGGGACCUGCACGACACCUUUGGCGGCUGCUCAAGCCUCGUGCUCGGCUACCCCCAGCCAUGCCCGCCCGCCGCACCGGAAAGCGAUCCCGACGCGGCGCUGGAGACGCUCUUCGACUUGAACCCCAGGGAUCAGCUCGCACACGCACAGCGCACGUACAUGGACAUCAUGGAGCGCGACGCCGCCUCGGACGUCGACACCGCGUCGCUGUCCUCGGAGUCGGUGCUCCCCUCGCCCAACCCGAGCGCGCCCAUCUGCCUCCCGCCGUCCCUCCUGACCGUCCGCCCGCCCGUCUCUGCGGAGCCCGGAUUCGCACACCCACCAGCCAGCCAGCCAUGGACGAGUAACGCGCCUGACGGCGGCACGGGCAAGACCAAGCCGCACAAGACGAGCACGCGCACGGCGCACGCCGCAAAGGCGAAAGGGUGCUCCGAGCAGCGGCGCGCGCACGCAAAGAAGCGCGCGCGCGAGAAGGCGUACAAGUGUCCGCGGACGGGCUGUUCGAAGGCUUACCUGAAUCCGAAUGGUCUCAAGUACCAUCUCGAGAAGGGGACGUGCACCAUCGAUUCGGCGUUGCUCGCUCUCCCUGUGGAGUAGCCGUCGCCUGCUUGUUCGAAGCAUCCGCGCGC